AAAAAAAUCUUAAAAAUAUAUUUUCACAUUGGUUGUAUUCUCUUGAUUGUUAUGAAAUAUUUUUAAGUUUUUUUUGUCAAUUAAAUAUAUAUACUAAAUUAAAUCACAAUAUCUUAUAUUAAAGACCGGAGAAGUAGUCCAUUCGCAAAAGCGUUUUCUUGCCUGGCCCAUUUUUUUUAUUUUAACACGCUGCCACAUAUAGUAGAGACUGCUAUUACUGUAACACUCAAAAGCACAACUAGAACAGGAGGUUGUGACGUGCGAACUACCCGGCCCGAAUAAAUUACAACCACCAUGUCGGACCACCACGAACCUCAAAACCCAAAACCCAUCAACGGUCUCACUCCUCCAUCUUCGGAGAAGAUCCCAAUCGGAUCCUCUACUACCGGUCACCCUAGAGGGUCAAAGUACCCGAACCCGCCGGAAAUAACGAACCCGGAUCCUGCUACUCUCAGGGAACAAUGGAGGUUUGCAAUUAGGCAGUACAGUAGAUGGUACUCACAUGCUUGGGGCACUGCUAUUCUUGCCGGUGUUUCUUUCUUUGCUCUGGGGUGGUUUAUUAAGGGUUCUAAUCCUUUGCCAUCCUUUAAUAAAGGCGAUAAAGACGAUGAUAAAAAGAGCGCUGCUGGUGUUGUUGCUAAGGAAGCAGAGCGGGGCUUACAAAAUGAGUGAGCUGAGAUUUUUGGGGUCUUGUGUUCUGCCGGUUGAGAUGUCCCUUUGUAAUUCAUUGAAGUGGAUUAGAAGGGUGAUUUUGGUUUACCCGGCUUCAGUUUCUUCAUGGCUUUUUUCAGAAAUCGGGCAGAUUGUAGAUUCAUGAAUAAAAGAUGAAGGGAGAUUGCUGUAAAUUUGGACCUUGCCUUUUUCGUAGGCUUGUAUUCUCUAGGUGAAGAUGCGAAAUUGAUACAACCUUUGUUUUGAGAUUCCUGUUUUCUAAUGUUGUACCUAAAAGUUGGCAUUGAUACAUCAUCGAGGAAACUGGAACAUAAUCAGAAUGUUAAAGUUUCUAGUUGUAUCUGUGUGAAUUAUGAUAUGUGAUCUUGUGUUGCACCAUGAGAUCUAUGUUCUGUCAUGUGGACUUGUGUGUCUACCAUUCAUGUACAAUUGAAUUUAAGUCGAAAAGUACUAAUGAAUUCCGGUAAUGAUCUCCUUGAAAUGAUUAAAUGGACAAGAAUUUCUUGUUAAGGAAUGAAAUAAAGAUAGCGCCAACAGAAACAGUUAGUAUCUUGACUCAAAAUAUCAUCUUUCUCCUCUCUCUCCUCUUUUUUUUUUGUUUUUUUUUUCCUCCUUUUGGUGAUAAAAUAGAACCUAGUUCUCCUGGUCAACUUCUUGUUGUAUUGCAGAUGUGAAGCAUAAGUACUUAGUUAUAGUUGCUACUGCAUUCUGGACAUGUUACAAGGCAUGCUGUAUAACUACCGAUGUAGCUCUUGUUUGGUAAAAGAAGAAUCCCAGAUCAAAUGGUGAUAUUUCUUCAGCUCUUAACCAGAGCAACAACCAGCUUUCUUAACAGCAGAUACAUCAUCUCUUGAUCCAAUGUUUAUGGUUUGCCCCUUUGGCAAAGCUGCAGGAUCAUCGCCAAUGUCAAGAGCCUUUCUGCUAACAACCCGGUAGAUCUGCGCCAGAACUUCUGUGAAGGCAUUCUCAACAUUCAGAGCCUCAAGUGCUGAAGUUUCCAUGAAGAAGGUGUUCUCCCGUUCGGCGAAAGCUGUGGCAUCUCCUAUUGGAACAGCACGCAGAUGACGAAGGUCUGCCUUGUUUCCUACCAGCAUUAUAACUAUGUUAGCAUCUGUAUGAUCACGUAGCUCCUUUAGCCAUCUCUCGACAUUUUCGUAUGUCACAUGACGAGUAACAUCAUAGACAACUAGUGCACCAACAGCUCCCCUGUAAUAAGCACUUGUGAUUGCCCGGUACCUGGAACAGAAAAAAGGACCAUGGUAUUAAAGAGAUUGGACAUUAGUACUCGUAAGUGGUCAUCUGCUUCCAUGAUUAGCUGGGAAAAGCAACCUGAAUUUUUACUAUAUAGUUGGUAAUUCCAUAUCAGACUUAAU